AGUGAUUUGGGCGCGGCCCGUGCGGCGCUUCCUGCUGUUUGGCGCUGUUUGAGAGGCUCCAGAGGGCCGCUUUGCGGUGUGAAACGAUGCCUCUGUGGCCGUGUUUACGCAGGAAUAAUGCAGAUCUACUGUGUGUGUCAUCCAUUAAAGUCAGAGGAGAUGGAUUUUGCGGAUAAUAACGUUUUAAUGAGUUAUUUUGGGAAAUGAGGCCUAACAGGAUGAAGAGUCGGGCUUGAGGAAUUCAAUGUAAUCAGCUAUGGCCUCCCAGCUCCAGGCAUUCUCCUCCCCUUCGGUUUCCUCCAGCGGUCUUUCGCGCUCCAAGAAGCUCAAGUUGGAGAAGCCUGCAUGGGACAGCGAGAGCAGUUAUGGUCUGCAGAGCCCAGGACAAGCCAGCGCGUCCUCACCCUCAGCGCCAGAUUUCAACUCCAACUAUGGCUCUAACAGCCUCAGCUUUCCUUCCUCCAAUGGUGCCCGUGAGCACACGGUUGUACGAGCUGCCGACAGCACUGGCAGCGUCCCUGGACCUUCCUCCUCCUCCUCUUCCUCCUCCUCGUCCUCAUCGUCAUCGUCAAGCCACCGGGGCAAAGACGCUUACCAAAAGCAGAGCGGUGUGAAGAGGAAGAGCGAGGAGGUGGAGAGCAGCGACAGUGUGCAGAUCCUGGAAGAGCUCUCGGCCCCUGUGCUGUCCAACCGGGCCGGCGGAGCAGGAGGAGGAGGCACCACUACGGCACAGUCCAUCACUCACUCCACUUCCACAGCUAAGAGCAGCAACUCGCACAGUGAGGGGGACUACCAGCUGGUGCAGCACGAGAUCCUCUGCUCCGUCUCCAACAGCUAUGAGGUGCUGGAGUUCCUCGGCCGCGGCACCUUCGGCCAGGUCGCCAAGUGCUGGAAGCGCGGCACCAACGAGAUCGUGGCCAUCAAGAUCCUCAAAAACCAUCCGUCUUACGCACGACAAGGUCAAAUCGAGGUGAGCAUCCUGAGCCGGUUGAGCACAGAGAACGCUGACGAGUUCAACUUUGUGCGCUCAUACGAGUGCUUUCAGCACAAGAACCACACGUGCCUGGUGUUUGAGAUGCUGGAGCAAAACCUGUAUGACUUCCUCAAGCACAGCAAGUUCAGCCCACUGAUGCUGAAGUGCAUCCGGCCCGUCCUGCAGCAGGUGGCCACCGCGCUGAUGAAGCUCAAGAGCCUGGGCCUGAUCCAUGCCGACCUCAAACCCGAGAACAUCAUGCUGGUGGACCCCAUCAGGCAGCCGUACAGGGUCAAAGUGAUCGACUUCGGCUCAGCCAGCCACGUCUCGAAGGCUGUGUGUUCCACCUACCUGCAGUCCAGAUACUACCGUGCUCCUGAGAUCAUCCUGGGUCUGCCAUUCUGCGAGGCCAUCGACAUGUGGUCUCUGGGCUGCGUCAUUGCUGAACUCUUCCUCGGCUGGCCACUUUAUCCUGGAGCCUCUGAAUAUGAUCAGAUCCGUUACAUCUCUCAGACACAAGGUUUACCAGCGGAGUAUCUUCUGAGUGCAGGAACAAAGACCAGCCGAUUCUUCCACAGAGGACCAGACGCCAGCUACCCUCUGUGGAGGCUCAAGACGCCGGCAGAGCACGAGUCAGAGCUUGGCAUCAAGUCCAAAGAGGCUCGAAAAUACAUCUUCAACUGUCUUGAUGACAUGAUGCAGGUUAAUAUGACUAAUCUAGAAGGCACAGAUAUUUUGGCAGAGAAGGCUGACAGGCGGGAGUUUAUCGACUUGCUAAAGAAGAUGCUCGCUCUUGACGCAGAUAAAAGGAUCACGCCGAUGAAGACCCUUAACCACCCGUUUGUAACCAUGACUCAUCUUCUGCACUUUCCCCACAGCGCACAUGUAAAGUCCUGUUUCCAAAAUAUGGAGAUCUGUAAACGCCGAUGUACUGCAUUUGACAACAACAAGAACCUCUUUAGCAACAGCAGCGGGCCAAGCGCAGCCACCAACCUCACCGUGACCUUCAGCAGCCAGCUCAGUCAGCACAGUCAGCAGAUGGCGCCCUCCGGUGGCCAGUCCCUGUCUCUGAGCAGCAACGUUCCCCUGCUCAACUACCAGCCGGGUCUGUACCAGCAGGCCACCAUCAACAUCCCGGGUCUGACACAGCAGAGCGUCCCACUGCAGACCAGACACACACAGCUGUGCACUCAGACUGAACCCUUCCAGCAGACCCUCAUCGUCUGCCCUCCCACUAUACAAGCAGGGCUUCAGCCUUCCAGUAAGCACUCGGGAUAUCCAGUGCGGAUGGACAACUCUGUCCCCAUGGUCCCCCAGAACCAGUCCGCUCAGUCUCUGCACAUCCAGCCCAGCAUGUUGACGCAGGGCUCCUGCACACCUCUGAUGGUCGCUGCCCUACACCCCCCUGCAGCAGGAGUGCCCCCUCUGUACCCACUGCCCCUGGCAUUGAGCCGUUCGUCUGCGAUAGCAGGGCACCUGGAGCCGAGCACAGCCAUGCUGCAGGGCUGGCCUGCGGGCACACAGCAGAUCCUCAUCCCGUCGGCAUGGCAACAGAUGCCGGGCAUGGCUAUCCAUGGCACUGGUCAGCCCGUCCUUGCUGACUCUCCUAUAGGCUCUCUGUUGGCUGAUGGCUCGAGCCAGUCCAGUGCCAACUGGAGGGGGCGACAUGGCGGCCAGUGUGAUGUCACGCAUCAGGAUGCUGCACAGGGAUGCCACAUGACCUCGCAGACGCUCAACACAGGCGCAGCCAACAGUCGGACACAGCAGACCGGGGUUAAGAGAUCAAAAGGUCGCCAUGCAGAAAGCAGAGCUAGGCCCAUGUCCUCUGCACUGCACACCAGCGGUGACCCUUCUCAGCCAAUUAUCAUUUCGGACACGCCCAGCCCAGCUGUCAGCAUCAUCACCAUUCCCAGUGACACAGAGGACGAAGAUGACACCAAAGUCCCACCCACAAACUGCAGUGCGAACCAGCGGGCGAACGUCAUCAGCUGCGUGACGGUGCACGAUUCUCAGGACUCUGACUCGUCCACCUGCAGCCCUCUUAGUCCUAAACGCUUGCCCAACUUUGCAGAGAGCAGCGGACAAGGCUCCAAGUCUCUGGCUGUAGUGAUGCCCUCUCUGAAGACUCAGACAUGGGAGGGGGUGACCAGCGAACAAAGCAGCACAACAUCCGGGAAGUCGAAGAAGACUUCAGCUCUGCAGUCCUCUCGCUCAGGAUUGUCCAACAGUGAGCGACAUCAGAGAACAGUGACCACUAAAUCACAGCCUCUCAACCUGAGUCAGGUCCAGCAGCCUGUGAUGUCCUCUCAUGACAGGUCAGGAGGUGGAUCCCUGAGACGUCAACCCACUUAUCCUCCCGCGGGUCCGUCACACUCCUACAGGCUGCACGAGGCCUCGCUCUUUAGCUCCGCCCCCAACCUGUACGCCUACCCCGCCUCGGCCGCCCUGGCCUCAGUGUCGCAGGCUGUGGAUCAGCUGCACAACUCCACCGGCUCUUCCUCCUCCUCUUCCUCCUCCAUCAGGCACACGCGUGCUGCCGGACCUUACUCCACCUCUCUGAGUCUGCUGCAGAAGAGCAGCGCUAUGGGGCUGAUGGGCCAAUCAGCUGCCUCGCACUGCCAACAGCAGCAGCUCCCCGGGCAGCCGUACCCCCUCAGCCAGAGGAAACUCAACCAGUACCCUUACCUGUGAGACACAUCAUCACAUAGCAGAGCAACCUGAUUGUGGAACUUAAUUAUUGUAGGUUUUCUUAAUCAUUAUUUUAAUACUAGUUUUGUUUUUAUGUAGUAAUGUUUAUUUUAAUGCGGCUUAAGUUAAACCAUUGCGUUAAGUCAGAUUGUCUGAUCUAAUGUGUAGUUGACAUCGGUUUACAUUUUGUUCUCAAGAUUUAAUGGAAGGUGUGACUGUAUAAAAAUGUUCUUUAGCACUAUUAGUGGUGUUCAAAACAUUCUCACUUUAAUUUUCAUCAUGCUCUUAUUGAACAACUGUAAGAUAUUAUCAUUAACUUUACCCCUAUUUGGACAGGAUUAGUUUCUCUGGGUGGCUUCUAUAAUAACAUUUUACUUUUCUCCUCUAAAAUAAAGCUCUUGUGUCCAGACAUCAAUUAUAUUAAUACAGGAAAAGAGAGUUUCUGUUGUUUUAUAUGAAUUAGUGCUUUUAAUAUUGGGAACGCUAUUGGAUUGUUUACAAUUAUAUUUAUUUAUUUAUUUGUCAGCGUCUAACGUUCGAUGAUUAAAGAUACAACUGCUCAUUCAUUAUUUUCCUAGAUGAUUAAGUGUUCCAUGAUAUUCUGCAAGAUGUGAAUCAGCAGCAUCAUGCUUUUCUGAUUUGUUAAUUUGGGAACACACUAGAUGACUAAAACAGAGAGUAGCAAUGAUGCAAAAAAAGUGAAAUAAUAAUAAUAAUAAAAGAGUAGGUUAUUAUGCCAUCAUGGCUGAUCCAGAUGGAAAUGAAAUCACAGAGGAGCGCCUGUAAAUGUAACCUAAUCCCGUCCAAAUAUGGUUGUUUUUUUUUUUUUUUUUUUUUUUUUUCUUUCUUUUUCUUUUUCUCUUUGUUUUUACUGCCUUCAUGUAUUAAUCAUUUUUUACUGUUUAUUUACAGGUGCCUUUGACUAUAUUAGCACUUAUGUUUUAAUAUAUUUUCGUUAUGUUGCUUUUCAAUGCCAAUCUCAAAGUGUGUGUGUGUGUGUGUGUGUGUGUGUGUGUGUGUGUGUGUGUGUGUGUGUGUGUGUGUGUGUGUGUGUGUGUGUGUUCGUGUUCAUGGAUAUUGUGCUGACAGUUGCAUGUUGUUUAUGUAGAGUCCUAGGCGCUACAUAGUCAAAUGUUUUUAGGCUGCAUCAGCAAAAUGAUUAAAUAAGAAAGAGAGAAGGUCGGAUGAUGUAUUGAAGGCUGGUGUUAUGUAAGUGGUGGUGUGCAGUCAGUGAUGUAGAUAGCACUUAAAAAGAACGGUUAACAUCGAUGUGUAUGCUCAUAAACUUGUGCCUAGUACAAUGUGUGUUUGACUCCGAGUCACAGAGCUAAGCCUGCUUUUCACAAGCUUCUUAUUAGUGGACGUUUGCUCUAACUAGAAGAUCGUGAAUCAGUGAUUUUACGCUGGUCACGUGUUCAUUUAGAAUAAAUCAGACUUGUGCAAUUGUGGAUGUUUCUACUCUUCUAUCAGAAUGUGGAGUGUAAGUAGACCAAAUUACGGCUAAGUCCUGAUAAAUAUACAUAUUGUAUAUGCACAAUAAACAUUUUCAGUGUAUAUUAA